AUGCCNAAACUGUGUAUGCCCAAAGGCCUGUCGUUCAGGACGCAGGCGGACCAGCGGACGCCUCAGUUCCACUCCUUCAUCAUCACGAGGGAGGACGGCUCUCGGACCUACGGCUUCGUCCACACCUUCUACGAGGAGGUGACCAGCCCACAGAUCUGCUCCGCCAUGCAGACCCUCACCCAAAUGCACAAUGCAGAGAGCACCUCCGCCAACACCCCUUCCUCCUCCUCUUCCUCCUCCUCCAGCAUGGACUCCCUGGCCAGCAGUUUGGACGAGGCCGACUCCCCCACGUCUUCAUCGUCUCGCAGGGCGGGGAGCUACGACUCAUCGCGGGACACCCUGUACGUCUCCAAGGCCCUGUGUCUGAUCACGCCCAUGCCCUUCAUGCACGCCUGCCGCCGCUUCCUGUCCCAGAUGCACAGGGCCGUCACGGCAGCCACCGCCCCCCCGCUGCCGCUGGAGAGCUACGUCCACAACAUCCUGUACGAGGUGCCGCUGCCCGCCCCGGGACGCUCGCUCAAGUUCCACGGCGUGUACGAGCCCAUCGUGUGCCAGAGGCCGGGGCUCGGGGAGCUGCAGCUGGCCGACUUCCCCCUGGCCGAGGCCUUCAGUCUGCUGGGAGUGGAGAACCUGGUCCAGGUGUUCACCUGCACGCUGCUGGAGAUGCAGAUCCUGCUCUACUCACACGACUCACUCAUCCAGGCGGGGGCACACCCUGCAACACUUUCUGUUUAUUAUCUUCUGAGCCGGAUGCGUCAUGCCAACCUGUGUUUUGUGGACAUUGACAACCACUACAUCGAACUUCCAGAGGACUUUCCCAAUUUCCCCAAUAAGACUGAGCUCAUCCAGGAGCUAAGUGAGGUGCUGCUUAGCUAUGGCAUUUCCGCUAACACAGGAGCUCCUCCUCGGACUCGCACCAGCCCCGGCAGCGCUCCAGGCAGCACCCCCUCCACCCCUGGAAGGGAGCGCAAGACGGUCGCUCUCCGGCAGCUGGAGGACGACGGGCGUAACGGCAACCUGGCAGGGGAGGAGCUGGCUGUGCUGGAGCUGCUGCAGGGGAACGCCACCCUGGAGAGACUGCAGGCGCUCACCAAGCGCACCGGGGUGACGGUGGCCCGCGUGGACGCCCUGAGGGCCGGGGUCAAAGCUCAGCUGACUGAGGGACACGGGGGCCGGACAGCAGCCGAAGAGGAGGAGCUCAGGAACGCCAAGCUGAACGUCCAGCUGAGGGAGGUGUGCGCCAGCCGCUUCACCACCAUGUUUGCCGACUACGAAGCCUUCGUCAUCCAGAGCGCCCCGGACCUGGAGUCGUGGCUCACCAACAGGGAGCAGAUGCACAACUUCGACAAGGCCUCGUUCCUCUCCGACCAGCCGGAGCCCUACCUGCCCUUCCUCUCCCACUUCAUCGAGACGCAGAUGUUUGCGACCUUCAUCGACAACAAGAUCAUGUCCCAGUGGGAGGACAAGGAGCCGCUGCUGCGUGUCUUUGACGCUCGCAUCGACAAGGCCCGCCUCUUCAACGUCCGCGCUCCCAGCCUGCGCUCCUCCAGCUACCAGAGGUGCACCAUCCUCAAGGAGUCUGCUCAGACCAUUGAGCAGCGGCUGAUGAAGAUCGACCACACGGCCAUCCACCCUCACCUGCUGGACAUGAAGAUCGGUCAGGGCAAAUACGAGCAGGGAUUCUUCCCCAAACUGCAGGCCGACGUGCUCAACACGGGGCCGACCAAUAACAAGUGGUCUCACAGGACAGCGACAGCUCAGCGAAGGAAAGAGCGUCACAGACAUCAGACGGAGCACCUGGGCCUGGAAAACGACCUGAAAGAGAAAUUCAUGCAGGAGGCCCGCAGCUUGGGGAAGAACCUCCGACAGCCCAAACUGUCCGACCUGUCGCCCGCCGUCAUCGCCCAGACCAACUGGAAGUUUGUGGAGGGGCUGCUCAAGGAGUGCCGCAUGAAGACCAAGCGGAUGCUGGUGGAGAAGAUGGGCCGGGAGGCGGUGGAGCUGGGCCACGGGGAGGCCACCAUCACAGGGCUGGAGGAGAACACUCUGAUCGCCAGCCUGUGUGACCUGCUGGAGAGGAUCUGGAGCCACGGGCUGCAGGUCAAACAGGGGAAGUCGGCCCUGUGGUCCCACAUGCUGCACUACCAUGCCCGAGAGGAGAAGCUGGAGCAGCAGCAGGCGGAGUCACCAGUGUCACAUGUUCCUGAGAGGAGGAAGUCUGACUGUUCCAUGGCGAUGCCGUCUCUACGCGUGUCUCUCAUACAGGAUAUGAGGCAUAUCCAGAGCAUGUCCGAGAUAAAGACAGAUGUGGGCCGGGCGAGAGCCUGGAUCCGGCUCUCCCUGGAGAAGAAGCUGCUCUCACAACACCUCAAACAGCUGCUGUGCCGACAAGCCUUGACCAAGAAGCUGUACAAGCGUUACGCCUUCCUGCGCUGCGAGGAGGAGAAGGAGCAGUUCCUCUUCCACCUGCUCUCCCUCAACACCGUCGACUACUUCUGCUUCACCAGCGUCUUCACCACCAUCAUGAUCCCGUAUCGAGUCGUCAUCAUCCCCAUCAAGAAGCUCAGCAACGCCAUGACGACCUCCAACCCCUGGGUGUGUGUGUCCGGACAGCUGGGAGACUCGGGCAUCAUGCAGAUCCCCAAGAACGUCCUGGAGAUGACCUUCGAUUGUCAGAACCUGGGGAAGAUGACCACGGUGCAGCUGGGACACGACAACGCCGGCCUCCUGGCGAAAUGGCUGGUGGACUGUGUGAUGGUGCGCAACGAGAUCACAGGGCACACAUACAAGUUCCCGUGUGGCCGGUGGCUCGGUAAAGGUGUGGACGACGGCAGCCUGGAGAGGGUCCUGAUCGGGGAGCCGGUGCUGCCCAGCGGAGAGGAGGAUUCUGGGAGAGGCUGCUACACCCCCCCGCUGCAGCGCUCGCCAUCCCAGAUCCGACGCAUCAGUGUCACGUCGCUGUCUGGACGAGGAUACAAACCGACUUCAGCCCAGAUCCAAGAGGCCAUCGGGGAGGCCGUGAACAACAUCAUCAAACACUUCCACAAGCCGGAGAAAGAGAGAGGCAGCCUGACCGUGCUGCUGUGUGGGGAGAGCAGCCUGGUGUCCGCUCUGGAACAGUUCUUCCGUCACGGCUUCAAGUCCGCCCGGCUCUUCCAGAAGACCGUGUUUGUGUGGGACUUUGUGGAGAAAGCCAUUGCCUACAUGGAGUCAGCUGACCAGAUGGGAGACCUCCAGGAGACAGCGGAGCCCCUGGGACGGACCUGUCAAUCACUCUGUCACUACGUCAACGCCAUCAACUCCACCCGCAGGAACAUCGGGAAGGACGGGAAGUUCCAGCUGCUGGUCUGCCUCGGAGCCAGAGACCGCCUGCUGCCCCAGUGGGUCCCCCUGCUGGUGGAGUGCCCGGUGAUCCAGAGGAUGUACGAGGACUCGGCCCUGCUCAGAGACCGGGCCACGGUCAGCUCCCACAUCGACGUCCUGGAGACGCUGCACGACUUCCCCAUCACCCUGGAGGCCUCCAUCGUCAAAGGCAUCGCCCUUUAGCCCCGGAGACCCCCUACGUUCUCCUCUAAAACUCCCCUCUCCUCCACCAGCUUCUCCCACCCUCCCACUCUUACCCUUUUGGCUCUGGGAUGAACAGGGAAGUAGGAAGUGAGUGACGGAAAUGAAAAAUGUGGUUACCAAAGCAACAGAGAAGUAAGACUUUGGGUCAGCCAUAAGCUUGGAUGCAGUAUUAUUACCCCACCAGUGCUUAAUCGUGUUUAUCUAGUGUCCAAUUAGAUACCAGAAUUGGACACUUCAGGUUCAAGAAAGUCCUUUUUAAGCAACAUAAAACUUGCUUUUAAUCCAUCAAGACCCUUACCAACCAUGUGUUAUCCCUAAACACUUUACAUUGCACUGAAAUGAACUGAAGCAGUGGCUGCUUGGAGGGAUACAACAGGACGUUUGUUGAGCAGAAUAUACACUGGUUCAACGUUUGCUGGUGUUUUCUUCAAAAUGUUCUUAGCAGAGUAGCAGAUGUGUCCCUGUGUGCUAGCUAUGUAGCCUAGCUUGCCCUCAGUAGAUACAACUAGAUAAACUGAUGUAUUUCCUCGCCUGCGGCUAGUUAGUGGUAGCAUUAGCGAGCAUGCCUUUUGAGAUGUGGAAACAAGAGACACUGAAAGGAGGAUUCUGACUCUGUGUUUCCUGACGGCUCUUCAUGCCUCUCUUUAUUUUUAUUCUCUGGAUUGGUGUUGGGCAUUUUCUCAGCUUUAAACAUGCGGAUGAACACAAAAGCUGAUCUCAGUGAUGAGUCAGGAGCUAACCUGUAGCUACAUGGACAUUCCUACUCAAGUACAGGCGUGUGUGUGUGUGUGUGUGUGUGUGCGCGUGUGCGCGUGUGUGCGUGUGUGUGUGUGUGUGUGAUAUUUCAAGGAUGUAUGAUCUCUGGUGUGUGUUUACCCUGGUUUGGUUUGUAUAACAUCCAACUUGAUGUUUAAGAAGUGAUCGAUGGUGUGUCUGUGUGUGAGCCUCACACAUUCAUUUAUCAUUUUUAACAGUUUGCCAAUAUCUCCAUUUCAACAACUAAAAGGUUCAACUAAAUAAUUUAACUCAAGGUCCUCUUACUAGAUUUUUUUUCCCCCAGCUUAUUUUGUAUUUGCUUGGUUGUCAUCGCAUGGAUUAAUUAGAGAACUUUGUAGUUGAAACAUCUGGCUAAAGCUAGUAAGGGGACAUGUGUUCAGAUUAUUUUGUCAUACUUAUAUUCCCACGGUCAAGAAUGAACUGAAGCAAAAUGUUACUUAUUCUAACUGAAUGUAGUAAUCACUGGAAUAGAGUACAAGGCGAAUCAGCCACUUAGACUUGGGUCUUGUUGAGAAAACUGUAAUUUCUCACUUUACAGUAGGUCUGAGCAUUUUUUUGAAAUGUAAUGUUAAAGCUGAUGUUUUUUUAUUUUCAACAAAUAUCAUGAAAAGACCAAAACCAAUUAAGUGUUAGCAGCUUUCUCGAUACUUUUUAACUUUAAUUGCCGGUCUUAUUUUAAAGACAUAGUUUCCUUGUUUAAAGGCUCUUUAUUUUUCUGAAACAGCGGGGACUAUUUUCAGUGGUGGAUUAAUUCCCAGUUGGUUCACAGCACAGUGUGCAUUUAAUAGGACAUUAUUUUUGUUAUUGGAUCAAGUCUUUUCAUGACAAUAUAUUUAAAAAAACAUUAGCCUUAUCCUUUAAUUGUGUUUUACCAUAUACGAAAUGUAUUUGAUAUCAGUGCAGGGUUUUUAGAAACUAGCCACUAAAACGUUAAAUUCCCAUAUGAAUUGAAUGCAACAUGAACCCUGUUCGAUACAAAAUGGAGAGACAGAAUCUUAUGUUUCAUUUAGGAUUUUAAUCAUUUUAAGUCCCCGCUCCUCUUCCAACUUUGAUAUUGAUUGGUAGAAACUCUAUAAACAAUUUUUCUUAAAAUGCAUUUUAUUUCCAUGUAAUUUUGCUGCAUGAGUUAUGUGCCCCUCUUACCGCCGCCUGAAUGAAUCCUUUCUGAGAAAUGGUGUAAAUAUUGUCAUUAGUGCAUGAUGACAAGUAGACUAAGCUGUAUUUAUUGUGACUCUUAUGAAUUUUAGAUGGACCAUGAGUAUUGAGAGGACAGAAGCUGGAAGUCUUUGCAGCCCCAGUGUCUUUCCCUCUCUCCAGUAUUGAGCCUGUGAAGGACCCACAACAUGUUUUUGUUAAUGUCAUGAUUAAAUGUAUUUAUUCAUUGAACUUUAAUUCAUAGAAGGCUGACAGAAGCACUGGAAUUUAAGGUUGACAAAGCCUGUGGAAUAACUGGAAACUUUGAAGCUGUAAAUGUUUCCCCUUGAUGAGAUUUGAUCAUGUUUUAACCCCGAGUUCUCCUGCUGUGUACCUCUAAUGCCUCGCCUGCAGGACUACGCUCCGCUGCAAAGCACGUAACAAGCAAUAACAGAUUCCUCUGUCUGGUCCCAGAUCAGUUUGUGUAUCAACUCUUUGCUACACGUGGCUACAGGGAACAUUUCUGAUGGGAUGAAUUGUUGUGGACGAUUGGAAUUCCUCCUACUGCAAACUUUUAUUAGAACGGUGAACACAUUGACCCCGAUAUAAAGGCUACCCAAAGCCAUGACAGCAGUGCUCAUGGCCAGAAUGCCACCGGACAAAUAGAUGUGUCGGACUGACUUCUUUGUUCUGAUAUUUAUUAUGCCUAUUUCAAUAAAAACACACGGUGUGUUAAAGGUG